AUGUCCGAGUGGAGCUGGCAAAAUCGAGAAAAGGCGAUUCACGAGAAGGUGAUUGAGAAAUGAAAAACAUUGCCAAUUUUGAGCACAAGAAAAAUUCAAUUUCCAACAAUACUUUCAGGUAUUUGACACUCUCUCCCGACCGCUUUCGCGUGCCAGCAAGGCGAAUUCGAACGGAAAUCAGUCGCGCGAAAGUCCAUCGAGUUCACCGUGAGUUUCCAGAAGAAUAAAUAAAACAUUUCGAAACACAAACGUAUCCAUGGUGACUCUUCGACACUUUCACACUUCCCCCACGCUCUUUUUGCCACUUUUUCCGUGAAAAUGCACACAUUUUGAGCAGUUUCUCUGAGAAUACGUGACAAGUGAACAAUUGCAAAAUGCGAACAUCUCGGCACGAGCGCGCUCUUGUCACUCGCCUCCAGUCGGCCUGAGGAUGGACGGGGGCAUAGCUCAGUGGUAGAGCGCCCGCUUCGCAUGCGGGAAGUCCGGGGUUCAAACCCCCGUGCCUCCAAACCCCUUUUGCAAAGUUUGAAUCGAAAUAGAAAAGAAAUGUAUCGAAAUAGUCUUGUAUUUAAAGAUAGCAAAGAAAACACGUUCUUUUUGGUGUUGUUGCGUCACAAAACAUUAUAUUAUGAGGCGCGGUGACUCCAAAAACAGCACGGCAAAAUCUCAUUAGUUGUCUUUUGUUCUCCUCAAAAAAAGUAGUGAAAGCAUCGGCCCAAGACACCCCCUAAUUUACAAUUUUUGACCUGUUUCCCAUCACAUGUGUAUACGUAAUCCAUGUCACCAAGACUUAAAAGGGUCAAAAAUGAAUGCUUCCCAAAAAAAGUACAGUAAUCCUUUUGCUCGGGUUAAACCCCGCAUGAAAAAUGGGCAAAAUCAUUUCCAGGAUUAUGGGAAACUGAAAAAUGCGAAAUGGGACGGUUUUUGGCGUCUAGGCACGUUUUGUUUCACACAUUUCCCGUGCCCUGGCGCACUUUUGGAGCAUUGACCCUCUUUCGGUUAAAAUUUUUCCAGGAAGCAGAAAAAAGGCAUUAAUCAAGGAAAAGAGCGUUGAGAAAUGUUUCACCUUCUACCCCACAUGGGAAUUCAAGGGAUUUGUGUUGGAGAACUAAACGGAAGAACAUUUUUCUGUGCAAAUUUAUUUUUCACUUUAAUCGAACUGGAAAUGAGUUGAUUGGGUCAUUUGAGAAGUAGUUGCCAUCUCGAAAUACUCUGUGCUCUUCCUAAUAUCACAAGAAAUAUAUGUACAAGACUAGAAUCGCUCAUCUCUCGUUUAGCUAACCAUUUUUCUUCAAAACAAAAAACAAAAUAAUGAGCUCGUCAUUUCUCAUCUCAUUUCCCUUAUUUUCUUUUCCCUUUUCCGCCGAAAAAUCUCAUCAAAUCCCAUUACGUUUUCUUGCAUUUCCUCUAGGAUGACCGCAGGCCGCAUCGCCUUGGAGCCGGCGGCCGACGGUCAGCCUAACCCAUUCUCCAAAGAACUUUCUUGACGCGAAACUUCACAUUCCAACUUCAUGUCCCCCUUUGGAACCUUACCGAAAACUGGCACGAGCCGUACGUCCACGUGAAGUGUGAAAUUGUGCCAGACACUGAUCUCCCACUGUUUUCAAGCCUAGAGUAGUAGCUUCCCACAAUCAUUUGAAACGAUUCUAUAUCUUUUGGUGCUGCCUUUCGUGGCUCGCAAAGAAACGGAAAGAGAUCGUAGAUCAUGCGGUUUUUCAACUUUUAACCCAAUUAGCCGUCCCAGUUAUGUUCCCCCCACCCAGAAAAGAAUGGCAAAAUGAAAAGGAGUGACGUGGCAAGUGAAUAACAAUUUUUAUUAGAUUCUGCAAAAAAUUGAUGGUGUUUUCACCCGUUUUUAGCAACGCGAGGUUGUAGAGCCUGUAAAGAUAUUUAGGGUUGGUUGAUACAAUGAUCAAGUGGCUCAGUGGUAAUUUUUAUUGGAAUGAUAAUGGGUUACAAUGAAGGUGGAAGGGAUGUGGAACGGGUGAUAGUGUGAUGAAUGAUGAAGAAUGCUUUGGAAGAUGAUAGUGAACUUAAAUACUGUUUUGUGACAUCGUUGAUACCUUCGCCAGUUCAGCUAGGGUACGCUGCAAAUGUGACAAACGUUCCCUAGAAAAAAACCGUUUUCGAUCAUUAUAAAUUUGUGCGUGUUUCCACGCGAAUAACCGCCCAUAAAAGGAACUUUUUCGUGCCCAUUUCUUCCUUUCUCCCUCGAAAAAUAUUAUCCAUUCACACCUUUUGUCCAGUGUCUCCAGAAGCUUCUUAUUCUUCUUCUUCUUCUUCGAACUUUUUUUUUGCCUUUCACUAGCCCUUGUUGUUCGUCCGCAAAUAGUUGUUUUUUUCCCCCGGUUUUUUUUUGUGAAAAAAGCGAAAAUGUAUUCAGACUACUGUAACUUUUGAGCGAAAACACUUUUUUUGGACAAAAAGAAAUGUUCGACACAUUUUGGUGCAUGGAUACUUGGUGAGUUUUGGUCUAGAAAUUUCCGAGGAGGAAAUAGCAUUUUUGAUGAUAAAAAGUGUGGGAAAUAGUGUGAAUAGAGUGCUAAUUUUGUGUGUGUCCGAGAAAAAUCGGAAAAAGUGUGUGUCACCAGUGCUUACGUCAAAAGGAUAAAGAAUAGAUGUGGGCCAUGCGGAUGUACCAGAUAAAUAUUCUAGAUUCUAUUCUGAAAUCUCGCACCUCCAAAUUUCUCGGUGUUUUCUCGGCCUCGUCCGAUUAGCAAUUUAAUCUCACCCGAUGGGCCCGAAUAGCUGGUCAUUCUGGCAAUUCGGGCCAUUUGAGGGUCGUUUUGGCCGUUUGGGCCGUUUCGAUGAAAUUGCUAAUCGGACGAGCCACCGAGACACCAAGAAAAGGCCGAGAAAGAACGAGACACCGAGAUUUCUCGUAUCUUUGCGAGAAGAGUCGCUCUACUUGAUACUCACUUCAAACUCCGUACCAACCCCCCUUUGUAUCCAUACAUUUAUGGACAAAACACUUUCUAAAUUUAGCUAAAAAUGACGAACAUCGCAUUUCAUUUGAAAUUCCCGAAAAAGCCAUAAAACGCAGUGACACGCCACGCCUGCUUUCACGUUUUCUUCUCUGCAAAAAAGUGUAGUAGUAUGUAUAUAAUUCUCAUUGAUCACAUCAUUUUAUCAAUGUGACGUACUUCCUUCUCGGCCCCAAUUCAAUUUUUGCGCCGAGCACGUGUAACUCUUUUUUUGUUGUUGCAACAUAUCACAGAUCGGAUAGAUUCAAACGGUUUUCGCGAAAAAAAUGUGUCCAUAGUUUAUGCCUAUAUUUCUCGAUAACCGAAAACGAACCGAUUUUCGAUCCGACCCGGACAAUAAUCUUUGUUUGAAAAUUGGAAACACUUUGGCCCAUAAACUGUUUAGUGCUCUAUUCGUGCGCAGUCAAGCACGGAAAAAUUUCCGCACAUUUAUCCGUGAGACCAAAAAUUUGUCGACGGGGUCCAAAGUUUGGGCGCAUAAAAUAUUCGCAUCAUACACUCAUCGCCCCCAUAAUUUCUUGAAUUUUUUAGGGUCAAAUUUUGUGCUUGCGUGAUAAGAAUGUUUUAUCCAUGGAAAAAGUCCUAUGAACUUCGGUGAUCUGUGAAUUUCUCGAGGAUUACGGUAAUCUUGUGGUCAAAAAUUAGGCCACGACCUCAAAAACUAGGUCAAGGACUCUUAAACUUCUAGUUUGGAUUCUAUUUUGGACAGAUAGUACAUAUAUUCAGAAAACAUUGUCCAGUGUGGCUUUCUGACAUAUUCUGGUCGGAGACAGAGUGUACUUUUUGUGUCAUUUCCAAGCCACAAAUAACAUCUUUCGGACAAUGGGUCAUGUUUUCGCAGGAAGAGCAACAAUGUGACUGAAAAAAAGUGGACGAACUUAGUUCCUGAAAACUUUUGUAUUACCACUCAACCUUUUGCAUUUCCAAUGGAAAUCCUUUCCAUUUUCUUUAUUUUUUGUUCUCACUUUUUUCCAGAAACCCCGUGUAAACAUCCCGGGGGGACACGUGAACAGCAGAAAAACCGAGAAAAAAAGUAUCGAAUGUCUCUGCUGCUGGAAGCGUCUAUCCGUCGGGUAAUAAUGAGAAUAGUUAGUUAGCGGAUGGACAAUAACAGACCAUGUGAGAAAACAAUAACAAAGCGAUGGCCUUUGGUGUGAAAUUCCAGGCCGUCACCUAGUUUCCGAGCAUGUUUCCUAUACUCUUGUUACCAAUCAACUUUCAGAAACUCUCUGGAAAUGUCACACGCUCAGAGAGAUCGAAUAUGUUUAGGCCAAAACAAAUUCGAUUGACCUUUGCACUUUUUUUGUAGCUUUUUCUGCCAGAAUCUUCUUCCUUUUUAAUCCGAAAUAUUAUUAUAGAUCCUCUUGGGGCCUCACCCUGACCACUCUCUUUUCUCUAGAAAACGGGCGGAGCUUUCGGCCAGGGAAGCCCCGCCCACUUUUUGUGUCGGCCGCCGCGCCAAGCCAACGCGCAUUAGCAAGAAGAGCCCGUGAAGUAGUAACGGAUGUUCUAGAAGAGUUUUUUUUUUCAUAAUUUUGCUUAUCAAUUAUACUUUUCAGUUUCAACAUGUUCUCCGGUGGUCGCAAAGUGAAAUGGAAUCAUUUCGGAAAGAAGUACGCGUUGAGAUUCUCGGAUUAUGAGAUGGAGUACGCUGACUUGUACGAUGUAAGUACCCAUAGAUUUUGCAUAGAUUUCAACUAUAAAUUAUUUUUUCAGGCGCUGCUCAAAAAAGUGCACGAGGUCCGUCCGGAUUUCGAGGGUGACUUGGCGUUCAUCGACCAGUACGGAAGACAGGUAUCCCUAUUUCGCUCUGAAAUAUCUCUAGUUUAUCAAUACUUUCUCCUCAUUUUCUAUUCAUUGUUCAUCCACAGUUUAUCGAUAGCUUAUCCGAAACUUAUAUUCGUAACUAAUAACUUAUCUCUAAUUUAUCCACAUGUUUUAUCGAUAGUUUAUCUAAACAUUUGCAGGUCAUUGUGACCAGUGACAAGGACGUGCGCGAGGCGAUCCAGCAGUCGAAGAACAAGCUGAAAUUGCACACGACCCUCCGCGACGGACACGUCAUCGCGGCGGCUGAUAUGGCCGACGCGGCGGCACGUGGAAGACCCGCCAGAUCGCAGUCGGUCCCACCGGUUAGUCAUGAUAUCAUUGUAUAAUGCCCUCCUUCAAAAUGUUCAAGUAGUUGAGGGUGGACAGAAAAAGCUCAAGUGAUAUUGUAUUACAACAAUUUUUUCUUCCACCACUCGGAACACUUGAUUCCGAAUGAUCCCCACUAGAUUAGUCGGGUUCAAUUUGUUAGAGAAAACAUGGAGAAAAUGUCACUCACAGGCAUUUGUAGCAGUGGGCACCAAUUAGUCGGAGCGGUCCGAACAAAAUGUGAAGGGAAAACAUGAACACUGGCAGAAAGUUGUCUGAAAGUGAAAGGAACCGUGCGUUUGGCAAGUGCUACAUUUUAGGACUUUGAAAAGUAGGUCACGGCCCUUAGGAACUAGGUCACAUCCUUCUAGAGACUAGCUCACGGUCCCAGAAAGUAGCUUAUGGUUCCUGGUUCCAAAUACUAGGUCACACUUUUAGAAAUUAGGUCACGUUCAAAAACUUCCAACAUUUCCGCAAUUCUUCGCCACUAUCACACGACGCAGGUGAUAUUUUUCCACUUUCCCUUCCAAAUUCUCUCGCAUUCAAUACUAGACACUUGGGCCGGUGUCGAUUUUCGAUUACAUGAAUGGGGGAACGUCAUCAGUCUUGUGGACAAGUUUUUCGAAUGAAAGAGUGAGUAAGAAACUAGGUCAUGGAUCCAAAAACCAGGUCAUGGCCUCAAAAACUGGGUCUCGGUUUCAAAAUCUAGGUCACUGGACCGAAGUUUAGGGCAAUACCUUAGAAACGAGAUAUCUUCCGACAUUUCUUGACAUUUCCUCAUAAUGCACACCCGCUAAAUCGCAUCCAAUCGCGCCUAAGAUGUUGUGCAUCCGCUUCCUGCUCAAGUUUAUCCAAAGUUUAUCCUCUUCUCAAAAAGCACGGACGGACGGACGGGCAAUCUAAUCUCCUGAAAGGAAGUGGUGCUUCUUGGUCUACCACCCUCCCGACAACCCAGAAAUCAGAUGUUUCAUCUUUUGGGGGGCAUCGGGAAAAAUGCAAAUCUCCGUGCGCGUAUGUAUAUGUAAACAUUUCUUUCUUGUUCGAAAAUAGAAAGAGCAAGAAGAUUGUGAGACUGGGGGCUUAUAGGGUGUUAUAUAUCAUUUCCUUCCCGUUUUACACCCCCUCUCAUACAUACAUACAUACAUACAUACAUUUUGUGGGUGUUGAAACAUUUCCACGAGACAUACCAGGAAGCUUUUUGGAACGCAAGCGCAAUAAAAACAUAUGUUGAGAAAUGAAACGCAUUCAGGUGGAAGUGGGGAACGCGCAAAAAUGAAGGAUCUAUAGAAUGACGCACUAUUUUUCUGAAGAAAAAGAAAAAGUAUAACAUGUGGUCGAAGGGUGUUUCGGAGACAAACAAAUAAACAAAGAAAGAAAGCGACGUGGUUUUCUUUGUGAAUUUUUGAACAGUUUGUUCUGGUCAAAGUUGACUACCUAACCUUUGUUAGACCAAUUUGCUAGUAAGUAAGUAAAUAAGGGACCGUGGCUUACUUUUUGAGGCCGUGAUUGAAUCUUCGAUGUAUUUUUUCAUUCUUCGAAAUUCUCAGAAUGUCCUGGCAUUGUGAAAAUAUGUUCGAAGGAAUAAUAUUUACCAGCGAAAAUAUGAAAUCCAAGUGCGUGGGAAGAACUCACUCUUUUUAGGAUUGGGACAAUAUUUCAUGUUUUCACUAUAAAGGCGAUUAAUUUGACAUUUGAAAACAACAAUUCAUGUAGAAGAAAGGGUUUUCUUCGGAAUUUGAAAGUUUAUAGAUGAAAAACUGAUCCAACAACAUCAAUGCAAUUUUAGGAGCGCUCCUACAACACCUACCCACAACGGUCGCCAUCUUCGAUGGAAAGUGCUCCGGAAACGUACCGUCACCAUCAGAUCUCGCGUGCAAUGUCGCCGCCACCCAUGUCCACCACCACCGCAACCACUCAUUCUCCGCCGUUGAGACAAAUUGGAGAAACCGUCAAAACGACCUAUUCGCGCAGUGGAAGCUACGGAGGACUGGUCAGUCGUUUUUUGAAUUGGUUGGAUGAUGUGUCGUUUUUUUUUUUGGAUUCUCCAGAUGAUUUCCGUUGUUUUGUGUGUAAACGGGGGUGUGUAUCUUCUUUUUUGAGCCCGGUAAUGCUUUUCCAAAGUUGAGAAAACUUUGUGAGCGGCUUUCGCUACUUACACUACAAACUACACUUUUUGCGCGCUGCUCUCGUGAAUUUAGGGUUGCUUAGACUACAAACUACACUUUUUGGGCGCUGCUCUCGCGAAUAAUUUUAUUUCCAAUCUCUAUGCUUGUUUUCUUGUGGGAUUUAAAAUUAUUCUGCUAUGAUUCGGAUAAUAUCUGAUUUUUGAGAUUUUCAGUAAGCUACUAGAAAAUUCUGACGAAUCCAGUCAAAAAUUUCGGAGAUAAAUUAAUUGAACCGUGUAGAAUAACCAAUGCGAUUAGAUUUUCGACCAAACAUUAUUUUUUGUACAAAAAUUGUUCUAAUGGGCUCUUGAGUGAUCUAAAGUGUUUUCCGGAGCACGGCUUCCGGAUUCUCGACUAAUUCUUGAUUCAGACGAAUGUAUACUAGGCGGUUGAUUUAUUUAUAUCAUAAAUAAAUCAUUUUGAGCAGGAUGUGCACUUAAAGCUCAUUUGAAAAGAAGUUUUCGCAUUUUUAGGGAUCCUAAAAUGUCAAUAUCAAUUCAAUUCCCGAGAGCAGCACCCAAGAAGUGUAGUUUGUAGUCUAAGCAUCCCCAGAAUUCACUUUUGUUUUGUCAACAUUGAAAAUGUAUAACUUUGUUCACAAAAAGCUACAGGCAUUAGUUUUGGAUUAAGAUAAUCAAAAUAAUCUGAAGAAUAUAAUAAAAAUAUUAUGAAGUAUUAAUAGAACAUUUUCAGUACCCUGGAGGAGGAAGAUACCCGUAUGGUGGAUACUCAAACAGCAUUCUUUAUGGAAUGCCGCCACACAAUGGAAUGCUUUGGAGGUGAGACACACUUUUUGACUGCUCAUGCGUGCUCUCUCGAUCCCGAAAAAUCAAAACAUAUUUUGUUCAGAUUCCUGGCGAACCCGUUCCCGUUCGGAAAUCAGUCCCGUUCGUUCAUCGGACCCAACAAGUACCAUCACUUCGGCGGAUACAACCACAUGUACUCUUCCGGAUUCGGCGGACCAGUUUGGUGA